AUGGCCACUCCUCCGAGGUUCCCGUCGCUCUCCCCCGAUCCGAGCCAGAACGAGCUGGACCCGAGUCGAGCUGGAGGACCCUCCCGUCCUCUUUCAGAGAUCACCUUGAUCGGUACCUCCACAUAUUCUCUCAGUCAGAUCGACGGAGCCGGCGGCCAAGAGACUGCCGCUCGAACUGUUCGCUUUGAAAUCGAUGAAGUCAACCGGGCUCGACUGCAGAGAGCUCUAUGGCGGGCUCUAUGGCAGCGAAGAAUUCGGACCGUCUUAGGGCUCAUUGUGAAAAAGUUCAUCUUCCUCAAUUACUUCGCCGCAAAUGCCAGCAUGCUGAUCCGCAUGGCUGUCAUGGCGUCUCACGACAAACACAUGCAAUACGACGAGGCAUUGGGCUGGGCUUUCGUGCAGUUCUUGAUGUUGAUCGUCUUGCUUGUCCGAACUCUCUACCAAGGCAUCAGGUAUUCUCAGAUCGAACUUCCCCCCAGCCUCAAGAUUACUGUUGCGUGUGCUGGCACUUUGUUUUUGGGUCUGGGACUUGGCGUGUUACCACUUUUCUUCAUCUAG